CACAUCAUGUCUACCCCUUCAUACUCACUCUUCUGCCUUGGUAACCCCCUGCUUGACGUGCAGGUUUCCAACGGCGAGGAGCUCCUCAAAAAGUACGAUUUGAAGGCGAAUGAUGCUAUUCUGGCUGAGGAGAAACAUGCACCGAUCUAUGAUGAGCUCGUCAAGAAGCACCAGGUCACCUAUGUUGCUGGAGGCGCGGCUCAGAACGCUGCGCGCGGUGCUGCUUACGUACUGCCCCCGGGCUCUGUUGUUUACACCGGAUGUGUCGGCGACGACGAUCUCGCUGAACAACUCAAGACUGCCAACAAGCGAGAAGGGCUGGACCAAGUAUACCAGGUCAAGAAAGGCGACAAGACUGGAGCUUGUGCUGUUAUCAUCACUGGCCAUCAUCGAUCCCUCGUCACCACUUUGCGAUGUGCAGAGAAAUUCGACCAAUCCCACCUUUCUUCCCCUGAGGUCGCUCCCCUCGUCGAGGGCGCGAAGUUCUACUACGUCGAAGGCUACUUUUUGACCCACGGUGUCUCAUCGGUUUUGGAAUUGAGCAGCAAGUCGACUGAAGCUGGCAAGACCUUCAUUCUCAAUCUUUCUGCCCCAUUCAUUGCCCAAUUCUUUGGCAGUCAAGUAUCCCAGAUCCUCCCAUUCACCGACGUUGUCAUCGGGAAUGAAGCCGAGGCUGAAUCAUGGGCAGCGGCCAACAACUAUCCUGACGUCAAAGACCUCACAGGAAUUGCCAAGGCCAUUGCCCUCCUCCCCAAAAAGAAUCCCGCCCGUUCCCGUGUCGUUGUAUUCACCCAGGGCGCGCAAUCUACUGUGUUGGUUACGGCUGACAAGCCCGACAGCCCACAGAUCUUCCCUGUGCAUGCCCUUACUGACGACCAGAUCGUCGACACCAACGGCGCUGGUGAUGCGUUUGCUGGCGGAUUCAUUGGCGCUCUCGUUGCUGGAAAGAAACUCGAGGAAGCUGUCGAGGCAGGGCACAAGAUGGGUGGAAUGUGUGUGCAGCAGGUUGGCCCCCAAUACAAGUGGCCAAAGAUUCAAAUCCUCUAGAAUAUACCCUCAAGCACCCCCCAAGCAUGUAGCAUAUAUACCUUGCCACUCUCAACAGUGGCAACACCUACACAUCCCCUGUAGUGUCUCUCCACACCACCAUGUUUGGAUUUAAUUUGCAUGUAACCAUAGAAAGAAAAGGAUGUUUCGACAGACAGCCAUGCA